GCUUGUUACAAUAGCUUUCUGGAAGUGACCUGCAAGUCCAAUAUAAUGGUUGCUCUUUUAAACAUAUGCAUUCUUUCUGGAAGAAUAGGUGGUGGAAAAUAUUAACUUCUGAAGAUUAGAACAUAAAUAAGCUCCCAGUUUAGAGAAAGACUUGAUUAACAUUCUCAAUGAGUAUUUUACUGUAAAUAUUUUUUUUAUCUAAUUACGAAUUAACAAAAAACACGCACAUGAAGAAAGUAUACAGUAUUGUGACAUUUCAUUUGGAUUGGAAAAAUCGUCAAGAUAAUUACAGAAAGCAGUCCUUAAUUUCCCUUGUGGACUUCUCACCGUAUUUAAGUGCUUUGCGGUUGAACAUAUUGUACACUGAUAAUCAUUUUUUUACCACCUGCACAAAGAGAACAGGGGACUGUCUGGCGCGUCACGACAACAGAUUCCCUCCCACAGUGUACCGCUCACCAGAGUACGAAGCCCUGGAGUUUGAUCUGACCAUCGAGCGCUUGGUGUCCAUCGGCUACCCUCAAGAGCUGCACAACUUUGAGUACGAUCCCGAGUUCCCCAUCAGGGGGCUGGUUUUUGACACUCUUUAUGGAAACCUACUGAAGGUGGACGCUUAUGGGAAUCUCUUGGUCUGCGUCCACGGAUUUAAAUUCAUGAAGGGGCCUGAGAUUAGAGAGCAGUACUCAAACAAGUUCAUCCAGAGAGACGAUACCGAGAGAUUCUAUGUCCUCAACACUCUCUUCAACCUCCCUGAGACCUACCUUUAUGCAUGCCUUGUGGACUUCUUCAUCAACUGCACUCGCUAUAUAAGCUGUGCCACUGGAGUGAAGGAGGGAGAUCUCUUCAUGUCCUUUAAGAGCAUGUUCCAAGACGUGAGGGAUGCAGUGGACUGGGUCCACAUCAUGGGGACACUGAAAGAAAAAACACUUGAAAAUGUGGAAAAGUACGUGGCGAAAGAGCCAAAACUGCCACUUCUUUUGAGGAGGAUGCAAGAGGUGGCGAAGGUCUUCCUGGCAACAAACAGUGACUAUAAUUACACUGACAGAAUUAUGACAUACUUAUUUGACUUGCCGCAUGGCCCACAGUUGCAGUUCGAGGAGGGGAGGUCAAUCGCCGUGUCACGACCCCAGCCGGGGUGGCAGCACCGGCCUUGGCAGUCGUACUUUGACCUCAUCGUCGUGGAUGCCCGCAAGCCGCUCUUCUUUGGCGAGGGAACUGUGCUUCGACAGGUGGACACGGAAACUGGGCAACUGAAAAUUGGAACUUUUACAGGGCCUCUGCAACAUGGGAUCGUAUAUUCUGGAGGGUCAUCAGACUUGGUGUGCGAUCUCCUGGGCGUCAAUGGGAAGGACAUUCUCUACAUUGGUGACCACAUCUUUGGAGACAUUCUCAAGUCCAAGAAACGACAGGGUUGGCGGACUUUCCUGGUCAUUCCUGAACUUGCCCUGGAGCUUCACGUCUGGACAGAUAAGAGCGCCCUGUUUGAGGAAUUGCAGAGAUUGGACAUAUACUUGGCCGAGUUGUACAAGAAUCUGGACAGCAGCAGCAAUGAAAGGCCCGACAUCAGCUCUCUGCAGAAGCGCAUCAAGAAAGUGACACAUGACAUGGACAUGUGCUACGGCAUGAUGGGCAGCCUUUUCCGUAGCGGGUCCAGGCAGACGCUUUUCGCGAGCCAAGUGAUGCGCUACGCUGACAUCUACGCUGCCUCCUGCAUCAACAUGCUGCACUACCCAUUCAGCUACCUCUUCCGUGCCCCACACGUGCUGAUGCCUCACGAGUCAACCGUCGAGCAUGCUCGGGUUGACGCCGCCAACCAGCAGUCACCCAUAUCGACACGAAAUCGACCGCUCAGUGUCACAGACUCCGGAGCCGGGGGCUGGGACGCCUACGAUGGCAGCACAACCAGCGGGACGGCGAGCAGCGGCCAUGCGGGCGAUCGCCGCAAGUGCUUCAGCCGCGCGAUGAGCGAAAUCCGGCCGCCCUGUCUCCACCCGCAGCCGCCGGCCGAGAUCACGCACUGUCACGACGAGGACGACGACGACGAUGACAACGAUGGAAGUCACGACCACGUGACAGCCUGGAAUUAUCAUAAAAAUGGCCGCGGCUCCUGUUCGUGAACCAAAGCGGAGUUCGUGAACCGGAGCAUAUUUUUAUGAAAUUUUCUGUUCGUGAACCGAGUUGUUCGUGAACCAAAGCGUUCGUGAACCGAUGUAUCACUGUACCAUGAUCCCAUAGCCACUAAAAAGCAGGCCAGCUCAGCUCAUGAACAGGGCUUAAUUGCCAUGGUAGCAAGCCGGGACAGCUCCGAAUUCAGAGGGCAGCGUAGCUCGCUUUGCUACGGGAGCUACAUGUUUUUUGCUAGGCCUCCCGAAGAAAUUAUCACGACAUCAUAGGCUAAACACAAAAAUCGAACAUGCCAUCAAUUGCAUCUCUUGCCUUUAUCAACUUUAAAGCUGCAUUUUUGAAAUGAAGAAUGUCGACGAAGACAAUGGAUGGUGUAAAAUGACAACAUGUAAUGAUUUUAGCGUGGGGAAAGUAUAAGCUAUGCAUAUGGUAAACCUGUAAUCAUAUACAUUAAAACACAAUUAUGUUCACUUCCUUCCAGAUGCAGAGGGAAGGGAUGAGGAGAUGACGAGGGGGGAAAGGAGACAGGUCAAACCAAUGGAGCCACGUGAUCGUGAAGCUUUGUGCAUUUCCAGGAACAGCUCUGCAUGGGUCGGAUCCUAUUCCUGACGGUCGUGCAAACGCUGGUGUAACUAUUCUCACUUCUGAGUUUGGAAUUUAGACUCGUGUUCCCUUCCCUAUGGCGGCAGCUGACAAGAUAAAACUUGAAAAGAUUAGUGUAUUUUUUUCAUUUGCUGUCACCAUGGGACAUAUUAUGUUCAUUAUCUUUGUUUUUACAAUCAUCGUUACAACCUAUCAUUUGAUGAUAAGUAAAAAAGAAUGUUGGCAACUAUUAUGCUUUGAAAGCAGUUCUGUAGUGAGUUCAACUGAGUCGCAGAUGCACUCUUGGAGGCAACACAUUUAUUUAACACCAACACAUGGGGUAACUGCCCCUUAACAGAAUAACAACCUAUGGUGGUGACCACCAGGCAAACUACACUAAUCACUACGUAACUAGCUCCUAUGGACCGGGACCACAGCUCGGGUCCAGGUCCACGUGUUGGAGACUCGGUAGAAUGUAGGACGCAGACGAAAGCCUCUUCAAGAUGAACAACAACGCAGGUCCCUCUGGGGGACCUGGCUUAUAUUCUCUGCGGCGUGGCUGGCUCCGCCCUUGGCUAUGACCACCUUGCAGAAUCUUCGAGCAGGAUCUCGACCCGGACCACGUGACCACCCCUAGCCCCCACUUGGGGCCCCUUUGUAGACUUAACCGGUCACGUGUCCUCUCGGGUCAACCAGAGUGCCACGGCCUUCAGUAACCCCGGCACUCCCACACCCUAUCCUAUAGGGCUGGCACUGCACGCCAAGCGUGGUGCCACCCAGCUUUAUCAACCAGUGCUCACCGAGCCCCUCUAGGGCCGGUACUACACCCACAUCAUCGUGGUGUCCGCGAUGUCGCUACAUCGCACGCCGUGACUCUCUAGGGCCGGCACUGCACAGUGACAUCCGGCGAUGUCACUACAGUUCUAUAAUAAUCAAAAUGGAAUGUAGUUGCCUGGACUAGAUUAUUACCACCCUGAUGUAUGCAUAACUUGCAAGGUUUGUAAGUGCGGUUGCGCAUAAUUAACCUACAAAGUCACUGACACAUAGAGGCACUUGCUGUGUAGGUGGAUCCUGCUACUACUGCUGCUGCUUUAUUUUGUGAAAUAUGUAGGGAAUAUGGAAAUGUACAAGAAAAAUAUAUUAAGCUAUCAAUACACGCUCUCUCGAGACUUCAGGCAUUAAAUAUACCCCGGAGCUUGUGUUAAACUAAAUGCUCACAUUUUGUAUUUUUAUUGCGUGUUAAUCAUAUAAUAUAACGUGUACGCACACUUUUGAGUGCAAAAUACCGUAUUGCAUAUCAUGAGACCUCCUUUGCCAGUACCAAAUUAUGAGAAGAGGUGUUCCCCUUUUUUCUGGCAACAAAACAGGUGUUAAGAUUUUAAAACACCAAACUGAAACCUUUUACAAGGAAUCAUGUCUGCAUUAACCACAAUACUUGUGGUCAGAAUGCAAAAAAAACAUACUCUGAUAAUAUAUGCAUUGUCCUUGAAACUGAUUGGUCCACACCAGAGACAGCUUUCUUUUUUUUUUCUAAAGAAAGCUGUCUCUGGUGUGACUGCAGCAGCUCUCUCGCUGUAUCUAUUCCUGCCUCAGCAGUCCGCCUGCUGUAUUUUUUCACCUGAAGACGAUUGCUUGUGUUGCGAUCGAAACGUCGUGAUUUUUUAAAAUCAUUUUAUUAAUUUUCUAUCUCCGUGACUUUACCGAAAGACCCAAAGAAUAUCUUAACACCUGUUUUGUGUGCUAGAAAAAAGGGGAAAAGCUAUUCUCAUACCGUAUUGCAUGAAUACUUGUAGGGAUGUCUAAAACGCUGUUGGUUCACCUGUUUCUAUUUAUUAUGUAGCGAACGCUGUUACACCAUAACUGCACUGAGCAUCAGAUACGGCAAUAAAACGUCGAUAAAGUGUCGUGGUCUGAAGGUGCAGCCCGGUCGUGCCCAGCACGCCCUGUUCAUGUGACACUCCUCCAGCCGGGAGGCAUCUGUCUCCCUCUGGCUCCUCCACAGCGUCUCAAGCGACGAUGUGGAGAGAGCAUUGGAGUUGUGCACUUUUAAAUCGUCUCGAUUGAAAACGAAUUUCUUUAGAACUGCUUUUUUGUGUUUAGUUUGUUGUCCCACCCCACCCGCAUCUCCGAUGAGUUUAGCAUGCAUAAAGUACAUACGUUGGUUUGACCUGAACUCGCAAAAGACGGGUUAUCAGCAAAGCUACAAGAGACACGUGUAUAACAAGAAAUGAAUGAAUGGCUGUAUCGUGAAUAAACCUAUAUUGAAAAAAAGUACUAAGUAUAUUCAAGUUUUACGUGGUAUUUAUUCCAGUCAUGCCAUAAGUUUGACGUGGGACCGAAUGAAACAUACUUUACAAGCGUCGCCCGUUUAUUCAUUCAUGUCUGCGGUGUAUUCAUUUUGCGUGUUGCGUCGUUCCGUUAGGUCACAUCAAAGUCGUCUGCAAUACGAGUUUUGUGUGUUUUUUUUGUUUUCCCUUGAGCACUUUACUACUUUAGCAGGUGGUACAUCCAACAUCUGUGCCAGGGCACUCUGACCUUUACAGC